GUACCACCCCAGGAGCCUUAACAGCACAGAAAGAAACACAGAGUCUCACAAGUCCAGAACGUCUAAACCUGAGGGUCUAAGUAAAGGGGGAUCUGCUGCUGAGAUGUUGUAAUGAUGGAAGACAAGCAAAGUUUGGACAAUCGAUUGCAUUUUGCUGUUUCACAGGUUUAACAGGUUAUACGAUUAUGUUGGAUCCAAUCAGCUGACUCCUGUUAGUUUUGUUCCGGUUGAGCUGCUUUGAGUGGACACAUGCAGAUUGAGAACAUGGGUUCAAGAAGGCUCAUGAAUCGUUCACUGUCGAGUGAUGGAAAGUAUUACGGUGGCAAUGAUAUCACCUCUCAGAAUAGCAAGGGUGGCUGUAGGAGCUACCUGAACAGUAUCCGACCUGAAAGCAGCUAUGCUGGCCAUAGAUUAUCUCAAUUCAAGCCAUACAGGAGCACUUUCUGCAGUGUGAUGGCCCAAUUAACUGAGGAUACGCAGCCAACAUUUGACACCACCUUGAAAUCCAAAGCUGUGUCUGAAGCAACUAAUGUCAAGUUCCUCUGUGUGGUCUCAGGUCACCCUGCCCCCGAGGUGACAUGGUACAAAGAUGACGUACAGCUGGACAGAUACUGCGGUCUCCCCAAAUAUCAAGUUUUACGGGAUGGAAAGACUCACACGCUCCUUAUUUAUGACUGCACUCUGGAGGAUGCCGCAAUCUACCAAGCGUCGGCACGAAACAUUCGAGGCAUUGUGUCUUGUUCGGGGGUGUUGGAGGUGGGAACCAUGAGUGAGUUCAAGAUCCAUCAAAAUUACUUUGCGAAGCUUAAGCAGAAAAACAAGAACCGUUGUCGUGAGCAGGAAGAGCCCCACCAAAGAGACAAUGAGAACGUUCCAGAGGUCCUUAGGAGCAGUCCUGAGAGAACCCAAAGGAAACGCAGGUCCCCAAUGGAAAAAACCUUAAGCUUUUGGGCCGCCAACUCUUCGGAGGAGAAAGAAGAGCAGAGCGCUCUCGGUCAAACAUCUCAGGCAGAAGAAAGACUAGGUUCUCUUAUUCAAGAACCUAAAUCAGCCCCUGUUCACUACCACUCUGACUCUGAAAUAACCACGAACAGAGACAACGCCAACCAGGAGCUUAUGUAUAUUCACGAUAAUGUGCAAAAUGCCUCAGCCAAAGAGACAGCUAAGGAUCAUUAUGCCAAGAAGAAGAUCAAAAUCUCAACAGCCACAUCAGAAAGAAAUAAGGAGAAAAAGCAGGUAGAAAGAGAAAAAGGGACAGAAAUGAAGAUAAGGAAUGAGAAGGGAACUCCCGUUGAGAAGAUGGAGGUACAAAACACUGUCAACCAGAACAAAGUGGACACGAAACAGAUUGAAAAGCUAUCGGUUAAAGCAAGUAAAAAUGCCACAGAAAUAAAGAGAACACAGGUGGCUCAAAAGCCCAUCUUAACCCAGAGACGCCCGUUGGUGAAGGUUGCCAUGGCCACUCAAGACACAAAGCAACAUGGAUCAUCUGACAAACAGAAACGUAUUGAUAGAAGACCCCUUAUAAAAGCACAUUCCCAACAUGAAGCCCAAAAUACUAUACAUGUUCUAAACCAGAGAGCGGAAAACUGUAAUCCAAGCUCCUCAGACAACAAGGUCAUGGAUUUAGAUGACAACAAGACUAAACCAGUAGCAGAUACAUGCGUGAGAAUCCUGCCGCAUUCUUGCGGCGGGGGUGACGUCAGCGCGGAUACAGCAGACAGGAAUGUGUCUGCACCCUCUCAUAGGGCUUCGGCUGGUGGUGAGACGCACACUGAACCCACAGAGCCAGCAAUUUGUGGAAACAUUCCUUCUUCGGAGAAAGAGGUGGCUGGCAUGGAGUUAAACCAGCAACCCCCACUGACAUCUGAGGUCACUUCCUGUGUUACAGAUAAACAUUUUAAACUCAUUUCCCACCCGCUUGCAUCCCAGGGACAAAAUGAGAGAGCAGGUGAUCAGUCCACAGCAUUAACAUCCAAAGCUACACCCUCUGUCACUAGGCAUCAUAAGCCAGAUCUGGAAAGCGCUCAGAUGGAUGAAAAAAACUCCUCGGGUCAUGAUUCACACACAAUCCAAAAUGGUCAAGUUACAACAGCUAAGAGUUCCUCAUCGGGAGAAGACAUGCCAACUAAGUUGUGUGAGAAGGAUCAAACCAAAGAUGGAAGGCGAAUAAUCGAAAGAGGAUUUGAAAAACCAAAGGGUGAAAUAAAAUCUGUGGCCACAUCUCUGAACGAUACGAAGGUAAAUGAGAGGGGAGUAAGUGUAACACUAAAGAAUUUUAAAGAAAGGUCUACCGCAAACACAAAGCAACCUGUAUCUCUAGUAACAGAAUUUGUGCAAGUUCACAACCUUGCAAGUGUCUCAGAUCCAGAUGUGGUGAAAUCACAGAUCAUAAGUGACUCCUCAACUGAUAAAACUCUAAUAAAACACACAAAGGCCACCGAGUUUCAAAGAAACUCUCAUGACAAUGUUUCUAAAAUGGACAUACAGGAACAAGAGCCAUCUCAUUCAAUCACAUCUGAAGUACCUGAAGCUGUGAAUCACCAGAGAGAAAGUAACACUUCGAAAGAUAACAAUCAACACUCUUCCACUUUUAAUACUUCAAAUAUUGCUCCUGGAGAUAAAAAUAAUGACAGCGAUCCUGAAGCAGAUCAUUUCGAACCCUCUACAUUCCUUUCCCAAAAUUCGAAAAUCUUACCCUCAAAAUUUACCAUUCCUGUCAUUUAUAUAACAGAUGUGGAUGGCACAUCUUUAACUAUAGAAAACGUGGUAUGCAUAAAUCCUAUUAAUGAAUCAGAAACUGUAAAAUUUUGCACUGAAACAAAUGUGUCAAACAGCAAUGAUGUCACUCAAAUAGUUAAAACAACUGAUCACACAGACACUGUGAACAAAUCUGCAGCCACCCUGGAAUCUGAAGAGCUGCCUGAUGCGCAAGUUGAUCUUUCCCUGCCCUCAAAACCCUCUGAAGUUAACCAGCAUGAUCAGCAACCAUUAGAUGACAAAACUAACAUUCAAGGACUCGAGAGUCAGCAUUCCUCUGAGAACGUUGCCUCAGACUUCACUGGACCAAUCAGGGAGCUCAUGCCACUUUGCAAUGCUGUGAAAAGCAAUAGUUCAAAUGAGUCAGAUUUGGAAACCGAAUCCCCAACAGUGGUGGCAAAGCCAGAUCUCAAUCAAAAAGCUGAACCUAAUUCUUUCAUUAAGCAAAUGAAGACUGCUGCGCUGGACCUGGAGACGUCAAAUCAAAGCUCAACUUGUGCCACAGUAAAUGCUACACCAAAUGGAGAGUCUACAGAUACAGAUAAAUAUGAGCAAGUGAAUUCUGAAGUGAUCAAACCUGGUAUGGAGGAGUCUGCUUUGCUUCAAAGAAAAAACAAUUUAAAAACUGUUUCUCCACUCAGUCCAUCUUCAGAUGUAACAAUUCAACUAAAGACUACGGAUGAUCAGAUCAUCACCUCGAAUGCUACACACAGCGAGCUUACGGAAACAGAGAAGAGCAAUGUGGAAAUGGCCGCAUGUAUUAAACAAGCAAAUAAACAUGCAGAGUUUCAGGAACUGUCACAAUCUGCAUCUCAAAUACAGUCAGUAAAUAAUUCAUCACACAAGACAUUUUCCUCUCCUGGUCUUACUCGGAAGGGUGUCACAGCUGACCUCUCAGAUCAAAAAGAAAACGAGAGCAUUAAGACAAAAUCGUCAGAUAAAGACAAAGAAAACCAGUUUAAAGUUCCCCAAGUUAUUCGUAGAAUCCGUCCAGAAGUAUUUGAUAACUCUGGGCAUCUGAAACUCUGGUGUCAAUUUUUCAACGUAGUAAGUGACUCAACAAUAAAGUGGUACAAGGACGACGUGGAGAUUGCUGAAAUAAAUAGGAGUGCGGGAGUGGAAACUCAGGUGUGCCUGGCCAUUGUGCAGAUGUCCAAAAAGGAUUGUGGGGUUUACAGAUGUAGCAUCACUAAUGAGUAUGGCCAAGAUUCCACAGAGUACCUUCUUGGCACAGAAGUUCUUUCCAAUAUGGUCUUAUGUCAGGAACUCCAAGAAGUUGGAGAGGAGAUUGAGAUGACUCCUCUGAUCUUUAGUAAAGGUCUUGCUGAUGCAGGCUGUUGGGGCAGAAAAUUCUAUGGGCGUCUCACAACAGAGGAGGCUCAGGUCGGAACGGGAUGCGAGCAUAAAACCAGACGGAUGAGGGUGAUCUAUGGAUUAGAUCCAGUGUUUGAAUCAGGCAGCUCAUGUUUUUUGAAAGUGCGAAACCCUAUUGCAUAUGAGAGCAGAGAGGAGACUGUUUUGGCUGAAAAGAAUCUUCAAAUGACCAAACAGGACUGCAGAAUUCAGAACAUGGCACGAGAGUACUUUAAGAUCUUUGCUGCAGAGACAAGAGAAAUAGAAAGCUUUGGUUCAACAUUGGAGAUAAUCCCUUUAUACUUUAUGUAUCGGCCAGCAAGCAGUGUCCCAUAUGCGACUGUGGAGGCGGAGCUUAAGGGUGUCUAUUUGCGGUACUGUGGAUUGGACCACAGUGGGUCACUGGUAUUCAACAACAAGUCAGAUGUGACACAAAAGUGUUCCUCUCUUCAACACUGGAUACACCAGUGGACAAAUGGCAAUGUGCUAUUCUCCAGACUUGAGGGAGUUGAUACAAUAUUAACAAACAUUGGAGUAGUGACCAAGUCAAAGGGGUAUCAGGGGUUCCCCUGUGAGGCUAAUCCAAAGGUUUUUGAGCAUUUCCAGUCUCAGCAUCAAUGUAAUUACUUUUGUGGUCUCCUGAAACUUAAACCUCCUAAAGUCCUAGAAACUCUUCAGACUGCUAGAUUUAAAGGCUCCUCCAGUCCCCAGACACAGCGCAAGACCUCAAAGAGCCCCAAACUAUCCCGCAAGCCAAAUCCACAGACCUCCACCUAAAGCACAGAAGUUGAAAGUUUUAAAAACUCAAGGAAAUAAAGACAGGGAUGUCUACUGAAGGUGCAGCUAAUGCCACUCAGGUUGUACUUUGUGACUUGAUGUUUUGUCAGAAACAUUCUUUUGAUAUGUGUGACAAUUAAAUCAGAUAUGUACAUCCGUAAAAAUAA